AUGGGCAAUUCCUUAUAUACUAUCUACAUGCCACGUGAUGCCUUUUCACGCAGAAAAAAUGCUGAACUUGUGGCUCGAUCGUUAAAUCAACUGGAUAUUCCAGCGAGUGUCAACCACAGACACGACAUUGUUGUUCAUGGCCAUAAAGUGUCAGGAAGCGCUUACAAACUCACCAGUUCGAGAACGUACCAUCAUGGCACGAUGUUGAUUGAUGCAGAUAUAGAUAAUUUGAAAGGUUGUUUAUCUAAAAGUAGAAUGCACAAUACAGGAAUUGUAUCAAAGGGAGUCGAUUCUGUACCCUCCCCUGUCACAAAUUUGAGAAACUAUUCCUAUACAGUUGAUCAUCAGUUCUUUUGCGAAUCAGUCACAUCUGAAUUUGCUUUAGCGUAUAACAGUGGGAUGAAAGUAGAGCCAAUCAUAUUCGAUCAGAAUAGUACUUUCCCUGAUCAAGUUCUGAAGAUAAGGGAAGAACUAACAACUUGGGAUUGGAUAUUUGGCCAAACACCGGAAUUUGUAAACACGGUCGAAGGACGUCUGGAUUGGGGACCAGUGCAUGCCGAAAUCGUUUCUCGCCACGGUAUAAUUACAAAAGCAGAUAUAAGAACAAACAAUAAUCUGGUAUAUGAGCCUACGAUAACAGCAGCAAUAUCUGUCGCGCUAGAAGGCCUGCCAUAUUCCCAUUCAGCGGUUGACAAGGCUCUGCAGAAAGUGGAUGCAGAAAUACCCGGAUUGAUAAAUCCCGAAAACGAACAUGUAGCUUUUAGCAUCCGGGAUUGGCUACAGAAGAGGCUAUAA